CAGAGCUGCACAACCUUGUGUGGGGCAGGGAGGGCAGAAGAUGCUAGCAGGAACCUGAAGCGUGUUUUCCGUGGUGGUUCCCGGGCACUUCCAUGCGUUAUGCUGCAGACGAUACAAAAUCAGAGUGAAUUUGAUGAUUUUUUGAAGGCCGCAGGCUCCAAACUCGUCGUUGUUGACUUUUCGGCAAAAUGGUGCGGACCUUGCAAAGCAAUCGAUCCUGUCAUUCAUGACCUGGCUGUUCGGUAUGACAAUGUGAUGUUCUGUAGUGUGGAUAUCGAUCUGGCAGAGGACGUGGCUAAUUCUUGUAAAAUUAUCGCCAUGCCGACAUUCCAGAUGUACAAGAAAACGGAAAAGAUUUGUGAAAUUACUGGUACUGACACCGGGAAGUUGGAAGCAAAGAUUGAAGAACUAAUGUAGUUCCUGCAGAAAACAAAAACAGAAGUUCCAUUAAAAUCCACCUUCUGC